AUGACCAGAUGUUUAUAUAUUAGAGCAGCGUAUCAGGCUAAACUCUUUGCAGGCUUGGUUGCGGCGCGAGAUUUCAAAAUCAACCUCAACGCCUGCGAAGCCUCGGUAUUCCUAAAUGCCAGCACCAAUAUCUGGAAGAACUACACACUCCACCCGAGCAUUGACUGGCGAACGAAAAUCGAGGCCGCGACGGCUGCCAUCAACGUUACCAACGCCGACUUAAAAAACAAAGCGUUACAAGUUGCAACCUAUGGAACAUUCGUAUGGAUCGAGGGUCAAUCCCAGAUUCCAAAAAUCGAGCAAGCGGUCAAAGACGUCCCAUGCAAGAACGUCCUCGGCCUCGUCAUUUCAGGCCUUCCUUACCACGAAUGCCUGCCUAUUGAGGUUAAGCCACCAAUGGAACCAUAUUCUUAUUCUGCGGAUUAUAUUGAUCCAAUCGUCAAGAUCUUAAAAUCCUAUCCAAACACGGCUUUCGCUUUAAUCAUCGAGCCAGGUGUCGUUGGAAAUGUCGUACCGAAUGUAAACACAAGCUCAUGCAAGCACGUUGUAGACUCUUAUCGCCAAAAUGUGCCGUACGCGCUCCGCAACCUCAAUUUGCCAAACGUCGUUAUGUAUCUUGACGGUGCACACGGCGGCUUGCUCGGCUGGCGUUACAUACUUAAAUCGGCUGCUCAAGAACUCGCGGACACGUAUAAAGCUGCUGGUAGUCCUUCGCAGUUCCGAGGCUUGGCUACGAAUGUUGCUGGCUAUAAUUCUUGGGAUCUUUCUCCAGGUGAAUACUUCGCGGAUCCGGAUGCAGAGCCUACGAACGAAGCCCACAACGAGAAAAGAUACAUCCUCUUGCUAGGUAAGGAGCUCCAGAAAACUGGCAUGCCUAGACAUUCUAUCACCGACACGAGUCGGUCGGGCGUACAAGGUAUCCGUAAGGAAUGGGGAGAUUGGUGUAAUGUCAAUGGAGCAGGAUUCGGUCGUCGGCCAGGGACGGAUACGUGUGAUGAAUGGGCGGAUGCCUUUGUGUGGGUGAAAUGGGGUGGAGAGAGUGAUGGGACGAGUGAUGCGACAUCGAGGACUUAUGAGAGUUUCUGUGGGAAAGUGGAUGCAUUUCAGCCGAGUCCAGAGAAGGGGGAGUGGAACCAGGCGUAUUUUGAGAUGUUACUGCGGAACGCCAAACUCGGGACAAAGUAUCAACCUUGUUGA